AUGCCAGUGGACACCACCAGGGUAAUCUCACCGCGACGGACUCAGAAGAAGCUCACAGAGGAAGAGCUCAAGGACAUUGAUCGUAAGCGACUUCUAGGAGAGCUUUCUUGCGCGGAAUGUCGACGAUUGAAGCUGCGGUGCGACAAAAAAUUACCAUGCGGGUCAUGCUUUCGAAGAGGUUGCGAGAGCAUUUGUCCUCUCGGAAUUCUGGCAGCGGGCCAAGGGACUCGGUUUAUUCUCGCAGAUACUCAACAGCUACAUGACAAGAUCUAUGAGAUGAGCAAUAGAAUCCGGCAGCUCGAGGAUGCACUUGCCAUUCUACAGUCCACAGUGACAGACCAAAGACACCCGCUGCUCAGUGACGAAUUGCUGAGGAUCAAAUUUGGAUCGGAGGCCAUUAACGCUCGUAAAGCAUCGGCUGACAAUGCCGAUGAGGAUAAUUCCACUGCAAAGUCGAUCGACGCCCUCGGCACAUUGACACUGGGAAGUUCGGGUGAAGUGCAGUACUUUGGGGGUUCGGCGGGGUCAGAGAGGGCCGGUGAAGAAGUUGAGGGCUCUGAAGACGAGGAUAAAGAGGCGAAUAGGGAAAUGUUUUUCGAAAUCGACAAAUUAGCCAAUUUAUUUCCAUUCACGUCUAAAGGGAGACCCAACAUGCAUGGUUUAGACCUCGUUCAGUCCUUCCUUCCGUCAUCCGAACGUGCGUCGCAGCUAUGCGACUCGUACAUUAAACACGCCUCUUUCUUUUUCCGCCCUAUCAAAGGAGAUGACUUACUCCAAGGCUUAUUGCCAGCGAUAUACAAUAUCGCCAACGAAAACCGUUCGCAAGCAACGGGACAAAGUCAGUCUCAGAGCAGUGGCAGCGAAGAAAAGAUUAUGAACCCUCAUGCUAUGGCGACACUUUACUUCAUCUUUGCUCUGGGAUGCUUAUUGGAUUUGACUAGACCUCCAUACAGUUCCGAAUCUGAACGGUACUACGAUCUCGGACGGGCGGCACUGUCUCUCAGAUCCGUUUACGAUAGUCCCAACAUGGAUUCCGUGCAGGCUAUGGGCCUCAUGGCGACAUAUCAGACCCUGGCUGGGAAGAAGUACACCCGGGACAGUGCGUGGUGCAUAAUGAGCUUCGCGGCUAAGCUGGCUCAGAGCGUAAACAGGGAUAGUGCACGAUGGAAUAUGGACUCCAGUACUGUUCAGCGUAGAAGGAAUCUGUUCUGGGAGGUAUUUUCAGCUGAUGUCUCUAAUAGCCUUGCUAUGGGACGACCGCCGGCUAUUCACCUCUCAUAUGUAGAUUGUGAAUUCCCACAAGACGAUGAUGCAUCACUCAGCAGUACGGCAGAGCCCGAGGAUGGCUUCUGGAGAAUGAAGCAUAAAUUUGCCAAAAACAUAUAUAAUUCCGUUGCCGAUGCUACACUGACAGCGAAACCACCCAGUUACAAUACUGUUCUUGAUCUGGAUAGGAAGGUCAGGGAGAUAUCGUUCCCUGCUUCGUUCAACCCCUACGUGACCCGGGAUGUUGGUGCAGAAAUAUUUAAUUCCAGUUCGCUGUCUUUGAGAGAUUUUUAUGCUAGCCAACACCGAACAGUCACGAUGCUUUACCUUCACAGGAGCUUCUUUGCACAGGCAAUGUUGGAUCACCCAACGAACCCUCUUCUCAGUCCCUUCGCACCGUCGUUCUUGACUGCCUACAGGAGUGCUUCAGUCAUCAUCAAAGCGACUGCUCAUCUAUUCGAACGAUGUGCGGCUAUAGCUAUGAGAUUGUGGUUCUUGAUUAAUCAUACAUUUUCCGCUGCUGUCAUCGUGGGGACAGUAGUAACUCGUUCCCCAAACUCAAAUAUUGCUUCCAUCGCUAUGCGUGAUUUCAACCUUGCACUGUCAUUAUUCGAGAAAACGGCGGCUCAGUCAUCCAGAGCUAGGGUUGCUUUGGGCGUGCUAACAAAGCUUCAGGAGAAGGCUAAACGGUCCUAUGAGCAGAUAUCUACCACAGGCCCUAUUGAAGGUCCAUUCGAUAACCCCGAAGACAUCGAAGACGACCUCGCAAUUUUCGGCGGGCAGAUGAAGGUCUUGAGCCGAAAGGGAAAAAUGAAUGCGCAUCAGAGAUCAUCGUCGACGUCAGGGUCGAUCACCACACACUCGACCGUUAGUUCUCCACAGUCACAAUCACCUUCCAGUACGAACGCGUCUCCCAAGUUGGAUUCUCAGGCAGCGGCCGUCUUGGGACUUGGUCUAGAUUUUCCGGAUGUGCACCCUUCACUGAUAACAUAUCUAAACCAGGACGCUGUCAGGAGGGCAAUGACGCAGGGAUCGUUACAGCGGGAAGGGAACGCUCCUCCUACCGUUAGUCAGGUAAAUCCCGAGGCACCUGCUGGUAGCUUUGGGGCAAGUAAUGCGACCAUCUUGCGUGGUGGUCCUAUUCCAGGAGUAGCAGCGCUUCUGGAAGGAAAUUCCAUCAUUCCAAGGCAGCCUCAGCAUAUGAACACAAAUUCUGAUGCACGGCCUUCUUAUGAUGAUUCACGAACCCGCCCUGGAAGCUCGUUUCCGCAACUUCAACUUCCCCAACAAUACAGCGCGGGAGUUGGAUUAUCAAGGGACUGGACUCAAUCAUUGGGUGCUGCAAAUCCACCGGGAAUUUUGAGGUCGAAUCUUUCAUCAUAUACAGACAAUACAGUUGCAAGAGGGGCCUUUGAUAACAGGGAGUCCACCAACAUUCCAGGAAGAAAUCAGGGCGGGAUUGCAUUUUCGGAUUCUCUUCGGUCUGCUUCGAGCGGUUAUCCCAGAGAGAAUAUCUUCCCUUCAACGGCCGAUACAAACAUGGGUCAAAGCUUUGCUCAGCCUUUCUUCCAACGUCUAGGGGGUUAUAUGACUCUUCCAGAGCAGUCCCAAUCCUCAGCAGGUUUUAAUCCCGCGCUGGACUUAAGCCGAGGUUCAAUGCAAGGAGCAACGAGCGGAGUAGGCGGAACCUCAAUGAGCGCAUCUGCAGGCUGGACAGACGAUGGAGUCAACUUUGCCGACGCCGUAGAAAUGGGGCUUUCCAGUGGGAGUGGCAUGGACGCUGGGUGGAUGUCGUUCAUGCGAGACUGCGGAAUUAUGGACAUGGAUGGAUAA